AUGAAGGAUCAAAUGUUGGAGGCCCAAAGGAAUAUGAUGGCUGAAAUGGCUCAGUUGCUGAAAGGGGCAACUGAUAAAGGAAAGGCCCCUAUGACUAUCACUGAAGAGGAUAACAAGGAUCAUCCUCCGGGAGAUAAUCUUACCAAUCCAGUCAUCCCUGAUUUAAAUGUGGCUGAGAAGGAAGAUAUGAGACUCGAAUUAUCAAGACAAUUAGAGGAACGUUGCAGAUGGUUAGACGAGAAAUUUAAGGCAUUAGAAAAUGCUGAUAAUCGUCAAGGCAUUGAUGCUAAGGACUUGAUUUUGGUCCCAGAUUUGGUGCUCCCUCAUAAAUUCAAGAUGCCAGAAUUUGAGAAGUACAAUGGAACUACUUGCCCUGAGGCCCAUAUCACCAUAUUCUGUAGGCGGGUGACUGGCUAUAACAUAGAAAAGAAGCCUAAUGAGAGCUUUAGGCAAUAUACACAAAGAUGGAGGGAGGUUGCCAUGCAAGUUCAACCACCGCUUUUGGAGAAAGAGACUACCAUGCUGUUCAUUAACACCUUGAAGGCCCCAUUCAUUACUCAUAUGAUCGAAAGUACCACCAAAAGCUUUGUUGAUAUAGUUAUGGCAGGAGAAAUGAUUGAGAAUGCCAUAAAGGGUGGCAAAAUAGAGGGGGAAACGGCUAAAAGAUCGGCCACAAGAAGGAAAGAUAAUGAGGUGAACAAUACGAAUAGUUAUAAUUCAAAAACGAUUACGGUUAGUCAGCCUAGAGAAACUACAGUUGGGCAACAGGAUUCUCAUAAGCAGGGAUCUGGUUUGAGACAAAAUUCCGAGAAGGUCUCAUUUACGCCUAUCCCGGUGACGUAUCGGGAUCUUUAUCAAAGUUUAUUUAAUGCGCAUGCAAUAGCUCCUUUUCAUUUGAAACCACUACAACCUCCAUAUCCCAAAUGGUACGAUGCAAAAGCCAAAUGUGAAUACCAUGCAGGGAUAUCGAAGCAUUUGAUCGAAAAUUGCACUGGCUUUAAAAAAGCAGUGGAAAGACUUAUCAAGAUGGGGGUUGUAAAAUUUGACGAUACCCCUAGUGAUGAGAACCCGUUGCCAAAUCAUGGCGAUCAAGGGGUAAACGCAAUUGGUGAUACUGGUAUGAGGAGGAUUAAAGAGGACGUGGCUGAGAGGGAAAUAAACUACUGUGAGUUCAAUGCAGAAAAGGGACACGAGAUCCAGGAAUGUGAGGAGUUUAAGGCUUUGAUACAAAGCCUUAUGGAUAAUAAGGAGCUGGAAUUCUAUGAAGCUGGCUCAGAUGAGGGACAUAUAUGCACAUUAGAGGGUGGACCAAAGAAUCAAAGAGUCAACCAGCCAAGGAUCAUUAUUUCUCUACCAAGGAAUAAUGAAGUUGAAACACAAACAAAAGAGGAUAUAGCUAGUGCUUCUAAGGAGGUUCAAGAUGAGGGUUCUUACACACGUAGUGGGAAGCGUUAUGAUGUAGAAGGCGUCAGAGUUGAGCCCGCGAAAGCAAAAGCCUUUAACAAAGGAAAAGGGACUGAAACACCGGUUAAUGAGCCAGUGAAGGAAGAAGAAGCCAAAGAAUUUCUAAAAUUCUUAAAACACAGUGAGUACAGCAUGGUUGAACAAUUGCGCAAACAACCCGCUUGCAUAUCAGUGUUGGCUUUGGUUCUAAGUUCAGAGUUGGAUCGUUUGGUUAGUAACAUAAGUGCUGACAAUUUCAUCUAUUUCAAUGAUGAUGAAAUCCCACCUGGUGGCAUGGGAUCAACUAAAGCUUUACACAUCACCACUCGCUGUAAGGGGUAUACAUUGCCGAGUGUGCUUAUUGAUAAUGGAUCAGCCUUAAAUGUCUUACCAUUAUCCACAUUGAAUAGAUUACCCAUAGAUAAUUCUCACAUGAAAACAUGCCAUAAUGUAGUGAGAGCAUUCGUUGGUACGGAGAGAAAGGUCAUGGGAAGAAUUGAUAUUCCUUUGAUGAUUGGGCCAAACUCUUAUAAGGUGGACUUUUUAGUGAUAGACAUCAAGCCCUCUUAUAAUUGCUUGUUAGGGAGGCCUUGGAUACAUUCCGCAAGAGCGGUGCCCUCAUCUUUGCACCAGAAAUUGAAGUUAGUAGUAGAUGGACGGCUGGUCACCAUAAAUGCGGAGGAAGACAUUAUAUCGACAGUUACCAAUGACGUACCCUAUGUAGAAUCAAACAAGGAGGCUCUUGAGUGCUCUUUUCGUUCAUUAGAAUUCGUUAAUGCAACAUUCAUUUCAGAGGGGAAUGAGGUGCCGGUGCCCAGGAUAUCCAGAACCACAAGAAUGGGUUUAUAG